AGUCUGCAUUUUUAAUUGAUUUAACCAUUCUUCUACUUGGUGUUAGUCAUAUUAUUUCAAAGAAUAAUACUCAUGGAAGGACAAGUGGAAAGCAACAAAAUGCGAUAGCAGAAGGGUUUUAUCCAGAUGCUUCUCAACUUCACUAUACAUUGUCUUCUAAAAAGUAUCCAAUCCCUGAUAAUUAUUCUGUGAAAACCAGCUGGGGAUGUGUCAAAUCAUGUAUAUCUGCUUCCAUGGCUGCAACAAAUUAUAGAAAGGCUAUAAAUAAAACAAGUCGAUUAUCUGGACUAUUGUUGUUUGGAUUACAGCUCCAGACACUUAGAGAAUCUCAAAAUAGGCAAUAUUUAAUUAAUUCUACAAAUCUUGAUAAGUGUACGAGACAAGAUUUAAUUAAACCUGCAGGUCAUUGUUCUGAAUCAGCAUUUGAUAAGCAUGCAAAAAAUGUUGUAGCAAUGAUUAAAGAAAAGUUUAUUCAAAAUUCUGUGUUUAAAUAUUAUGAAAAAGACUCUAUUUUAUUAAAGUUGCUUGAAUAUACUGUUAACAGCCAAAAUUAUUAUCUUAGCUUUGGAACAGAUAAUGCACAAAAAGAGUGUGAUAUUUUAAAUAUAGUUAAAAUAAUGGAUUUGAAUUAUAUUUCUCGCGAUGCUUAUCGAAGUUUAGCUGCAAUAGAUUAUCACUUACCACAUGAACACCUUGUUAAUAUAGAUAGCUUGGAAAUUGUUGAAGAUGAUGGUGAAGACAUUGAAGAAGAUGUUGAAGAAAGGUCUAAUAAUAUAGAUUUUAAUAAAGUUCUAAACUUAGUGGGUGCUGGUGGAUAUCAACUAGUUGAACUCAGUUUGGAACUGUCAAUUUUGAUAGCUCACAUCUAA